AAUAAAAAUUAAGUUGCCGAAAAAAGUACAUCCAAUUAUUUGGAGUUGAAAAUGACUUAAAUCCCGAGGUUUAUACACAGGCAAACAGGCUCAUUAUCUAUGUUGCUCAAGAGCCGAGCAACAUAUCUACCUGCAUAUGAUCCCAAACUAUGUUGCGUAAUGCCCUGAUUGAUGAUGUGGCAAUCAAUCGAGAGAGCUAUCCAGGAAAUGUACCUGGUCAGAUUCAAGGAAAAGCAAAAAAAACUGAUACCAGUUACAUAUCAGUAAGAGAUUCUUUUUCAAAUCAUUCAGAAACAAAAUAGAACAGACAUCAUAGCUUACAGUACUUCCCUGGCUAUAAAUACAUGCUAUCCAAACAUCCCAUGACUCCAAUAGACUCGUACCUCUCUCUCCCUCUCUCGCUACAGCUAACACACAGACACUGACACUUACUAUAUUUGUUACCGGAGUCUUAGAUAUAGAAUGCAACAGAUGUUGUCCAGGAAAGCUAGUUUUAAUUCCCAUGGGGAGGACUCUUCUUACUUCCUAGGAUGGAAGGAGUACGAGAAGAACCCGUAUCAUGAACAUCAUAAUCCCUCAGGAAUCAUUCAGAUGGGCCUUGCAGAGAAUCAGCUGUCAUUCGACCUGCUGGAAUCAUGGCUGGCGAAAAAUGCCAAUGUUGCUCAUUUUAAAGAAGACAGAGGGGGAUCUUCGUCGUCUUUAUCAUCCUCCCUAUUCAGAGAAUUGGCCCUCUUUCAAGACUAUCGUGGCUUGCCAGCAUUUAAGAAAGAGCUGGCCGCGUUAAUGGGAGAAAUUAGAGGAAACAAAGUAAGAUAUGAUCCGAACAAGCUUGUUCUUACUGCUGGUGCCACUGCUGCAAAUGAGACUCUCAUGUUUUGCCUAGCUGAACCCGGAGAAGCUUUCCUCAUUCCUACACCAUACUAUCCAGGGUUUGAUAGAGAUGUCAAAUGGAGAACAGAGGUUCAGCUUGUCCCUGUACAUUGUUCGAGUUCAAAUCAGUUCAGACUCACAAGUCUUGCACUAGAAGAAGCUCAUAAAAGAGCUCUAAAACAAAAACUAAAGGUAAAAGGAGUGCUGAUAACUAAUCCGACGAACCCAUUAGGCACAACCAUGAGCAAGGAUGAGCUGAACCAUCUCCUUGACUUCGCCAUUUCCAAGAAAAUCCAUAUAGUCAGCGACGAGAUAUACUCUGGAACUGUUUUUGAUUCUCCAGGCUUCAUAGGUAUUACACAAGCUCUACUGAAUCACAAAAAGGUUCGUGUAGGUAAUGAUAUUUGGAACCGAAUCCAUAUCGUUUAUAGUCUGUCAAAGGAUUUAGGCCUUCCCGGAUUUCGGGUUGGCAUGAUUUAUUCUGAGAAUGAAGCAAUUAUCUCUGCAGCCACAAAGAUGUCCAGUUUCGGACUUGUUUCUUCACAAACACAGUUUCUACUUUCCAACAUUCUUGGUGAAAAGAAUUUUCGGAAACUGUAUAUGAAAGAAAAUCAGAAGAGGCUGAAAGAAAGGCACGACAUGAUGGUUUCAGGACUUAAAAGUGCUGGCAUUUCGUGUUUGAAAAGCAAUGCAGGGCUGUUUUGUUGGGUAGAUAUGAGACACUUGCUCUGUUCAAACACGUUUGAAGCCGAAAAGGAACUCUGGGAAAAGAUUAUAUCUGAAGCAAAACUGAAUCUCUCUCCCGGUUCAUCUUGUCAUUGUAGUGAACCAGGGUGGUUUAGAGUGUGUUUUGCUAACAUGUCUACUGAAACACUCAGCGUGGCUAUGCAGCGGAUCAAGGCAUUUGCUGAUGCUACUUGUAAAGCGGAUCAAAUUUCAUAUCAGCAAGCAUUGUACAGCUCCCAGAAGAGUUCACUUAAUAAAUGGUAACUUCAUCAAUUAGGCGAUAUCAUCAUGAUCAUGAGUCUAAGUACUGUUAGAACUCAAUAAUAACCUCAAUUUGUAACUUCUGGUUCUAUAUGUAAGCUCUGUAUAUACAGACCCUGCUCAAUUCCUCGUGCUGGCUAUAUUAGAUUUGCAUAACAAUUAUAUGGACUCAAGGAAUUGAGCAUUCAUUCACUCCACAACCAAAUAAAGUACUGACAG